AUGGCUAGACACCCAGAUGGAAGCGCCCCAUCGGAAGCUGGUGUUCCGCACACUCCAGCAGAACGCGAAAGAUUUGCAAAGACGGUUCUUCUGCGUAGAAUGGGUGACGUGAAUGUGAUCGCACAUGCUGCAGUCUACACGGCCAGUGAUGAGACCAGUUUUGUCAUUGGCAUUAAUGUCCCUACCGGGAACGGACGAUUGACAAUGUAA